CAACAAGGACGCUGCCUCGAGGACGGCUGGAAGAGCGAGUAUUUACAUCCGCAAUCCUCGUGGCAGCGCAGACCUGCUUAUAAGCGCAGACACGUCCAGCUCCCAGAGGGGGAACCACAUGCCGGGCGGGCCUUCUCAGUACAAGAGUUCUUUCUCAGUACAAACAGCUUUAUAUGCCCUUUUUAGCACUCCCCAGCUGCCCCUCUAUUUAACUGUCCGGGUCCCCGUCCAUCCACCCGCUCUGGCCCUCCAUGUGCGUCGUCCAAGGCUCUCUGGAGCAGGCGAUCAGCACUUGCCCGAUGUGCAAGGUCUACAGGCCUAGCAGCGCCAGAUGCCCCCACAAGCGAGAUGUCUGCAGAAAUAAGGCCGCCCACCCUCACGAAGUCAUAUAUAUGAAGAACGCUGAGGUCCAAACGUUCAAUGGAUGCGGAUACUGCAAGUGGGCUGAAAGGAACCCGCCACCGCAGCUGUCAGGUAGUAGGAAUCCUGGGUGGCCUGGAUGUUGUCGACCUCCUGGAGCGGGCGAACACAAGCUCGUCCCUGCCGCAGACUGGCUUGCUGUCAGCUCUGUUCACAACAUCCCGAUACCACCGGAAAUUAAGGCAUUAUUGGACAGAGUUGUAGCCACUAGGUCUCCCCCUCUCCACAGCCAGUCCAUCAACACGCCGCGAUCGCCCAAUUCGCCUCCGGCGCCUUCUAUGGAGAGGAAGAACAGUGGCAGCAGUGGAGGAACAGUCAAGGCCACUAUCGUUCCAAUAAGGACGGCACCCAUGGGCAUACCACCCAAGAGCCGUUCAAACGGCAGCCCGAAACAGACAGUGUCUUCCCUGACGGGCAGUCUUUCUCGGAAUAUGGGACUCCAUAUUUCGUCUUCCCCCUCUCAAAUGGAGCCACGAGAGAAUUACCGUCACGGAGAGAAGCGCAGCGAGCAGGCACACUCGUCUCCAGGUUCUAAAUCCAAGGAACUGGAUGGGUCAGUUGGUCGACGGGGUUCCGCCCGCCGCCCGUCUGUUUCUGCAGCAUUACAAACUCCCACUAUGGCGAAACCCCUGCUACCCGAAGAGUCACCUCACCCUACACUACGUCGUCGUGCCUCCACCGCCAAUACCACGGCAGCAGCCAAUAAAUCGCCCUCCCCGCCAACGCGAUCCACCGAGAUCUCCAGCAACACAGCUUCGCUUUCCAGACGUCCUCAGAACCAUAGAAGGGCAAGCCUGAGUGAGGUCUUCACUGGCAUGAAGGUUACCCGAAAGGGUCCCAACAGCGCCAGUAGCGAGAGCGGUGGUUCGGCGAGCUCCGGGUCUUUGAGCGAGAGCACAGUGACCUCCGAGGGGUUCACGGACUAUCUCUCUGACGAUUCCGAAGCGGAGAUUCAGCGGCAGGCGGAGAUCAAGGCUGCCCAGAUUGCACAGAACCAGAUGGAGGAGCUCGAGUUCAAGACAGCUAGGCUGCAGCUUGCCAACGUCGACUUGCGUCCGCCGAAGUCCUGGAAUCCCACGAGCGCAAAACAGUAGCGGCGCCCAAGCACGAGGAAUUAACGAGGGGCAGCGGGAAGCGAUGGAAAGUGUUCAUUUAUAUGCUGUAUUUCAUCUACGCCGAUUGACUAACAAAUGCUCAUGUAUCGCUUACUAUUAUCAUCUUUUCUCUUUCACGAAACUUGGAGGCUCGAAACGGAGGAUGCUCUGAAUCGUCGUUUCUUUGGUGGUAUAGGGCGUUUUCUGUGCAUCUGUGGCUUGUAUACUAGUGGUCAUCACUGCAUCUAUGCAUCAAGAAUUAGAAGUUGAAUCAAGU